GUGUCACAACGUCUACGACAAAAAUACAAUAUGAAAACUUAUAUGUCAUAUGGAUUAUUGAUUCUAUUAAUCGCAUACAAGUCUCAAUUUGUGCAGGGACAGGGUCACCUACUUGACAAACCUGUGACAGAGCUGUGUUUAACCUGCAUUUGUGAGGCCAUCAGUGGCUGUAAUGCCACAGCCAUUUGCACCAGUCCAGAGAAAGGAGUCUGUGGUCUGUUCCGCAUUACAUGGGCCUAUUGGGUGGACGCUGGCAAAUUGACCAUCAAUGGGGAACAUCCCGAUGCGGAAAGGGCCUUCAUCAAUUGUGCCAAUGAUCCGCAUUGUGCGGCCAACUCAGUGCAGAAUUAUAUGAAAAAAUUCAAUCAGGAUUGCAAUGAUGAUGGUGAAAUGGAUUGCCAUGACUAUGCUAGAAUCCACAAAUUGGGUGCCUAUGGCUGUAAGGGCGAUAUGCCAUAUAAAUACCAAAGUGCCUUCGAGGAGUGCAUUGAAAACUUCGAAGAUCAGGGUUUGGGAGAUAAAACAGACUGAUAAAGAUUCUCUCCAAUUGCAAGCACUGUGAUUAUUUCCUAGUAUACGUUUUAACAACCUGUAAGCAGUCUAUCUAUUAUAUUGCCAAUAAAAAUUCAUGAACAAAAACGA